AGAAAAUGUUAAAACUAGAGGAAUCAGGAAUGAAAGACAAUUAUAAACUAGUAUAUUUUACCUUCUUAUUUUUGGGGAUAGCUAUUCUAUUACCUUGGAACUCAUUGAUCAUGGCACUAGAUUAUUUCCAUACAAGAGUGCCAGAUAGGGAUAUCAAUUUUGUAGUGUCAAUCUUAUCUAAUGUGCCAUUGUUCUUCUCUAAUAUUUUGAUGAUUGUCUUCUCAAAGUAUUUUCCAAAUAUCAAAACAGUGACAGUCACUCUAUUUAUUAUUAUGGUGAUGACUGUGGCAUUGCCUGUGUUCUCGCAGUAUGUAGCAAGUGAAAGCUUAAGAUGGGCACUGAUAUUUCUGACGAUAAUCCUAAUCUCAUUUAUUAAUGGAGUAAUGCAAUCAUGAGCAUAUGGACUAGCAGGGACGCUACCAGGAUCAUAUAUUGCUACAUUGAGUACAGGAUGAGCAUUGAGUGGAUUUAUAAUUGCUAUAGCAAGAGCCUUUUCGUUAAUUGUUUUCCCAACAGACAAUUCAUUAGAGAACUCCAAUUACUUCAAAGGUGCUGUAUUAUACUUUUCAAUCGGAGUGCUAAUGCUAGUAAUUGCUAUAAUAUUGAUCAUAAUGUUGCCAAGACUAGAGUAUUAUGAUUAUUUAACCACUUGGACGGCUAAAUCAACUACUUCAGGCAGCGUGAAUUCAGAUGAAGAGGAUGAUCUAGCUUUAGUUCAAGACAAUCAUUUCUCUGAUACUUCAAAUUCAGAGACUACAGAUGAGAGCUUGGAUGUUAGGGACGCAUCAACUUUAGAGAAGUUCCUGCGAAUUCAUAAGGAAUUAAUACUUCCUGGCUACGGACUAAUCCUGGUCUACAUCCAGACCUUCUUAGUAUUCCCAGGCGUAAUGCUAGUCGGUGGACUUGGCUUUAUUCACAACGUUUCAUGGGAGGUAUGGCUCAUAAUCUCUCUGUACAAUCUUGCUGAUACUAUAUCCAGAUACGCAUCAGAGUACUUUACGAUCCUGAAUGCGAAGACUGCCCUAGUUACAACUAUUGUCAGAUUUGCGUCAGUAGGAGCCUUCUUCUUGGCAGCAUAUGAUAUUACCUUUUUCAGGAACGAUUACGUAAAAAUCGUAAACAUUGUGAUAAUCGGUUUCUCCAAUGGGUAUAUCUCGAACUGCCAGAUAAUACAUGCGGUAAAGAACGCUAAAGACCAAGAUAAGGAGAUUACUUCAAAGUUCAUGGUGGUCUUCUUGGUCUUAGGCAUUGCUCUCGGCAGUAUAGCAUCUUCUUUCGGAAUAAGUAAGCUGUUUGAUUAGAGAUAAUUCAAUUUUGGUG